UUAGGGUUUUCACUUUUCCGUGCUAUAAAGACUCUUUUGUCGCUCUUCUGUACCCUCUUCAAAUUCUCGUUGCAGCCCCGUCCCCUUGUUAUAAACCCUAAAAAUCGUCAGUGCAGUGCGGUGCAGGGAAAGAGAAGAUGGCGACAGUUCCAGGGCAGUUGAUUUGGGAGGUAGUGAAGAAGAACAAUUGUUUUUUGGUAAAGCAGUUUGGAAGAGGAACUGCUAGCGUUCAGUUCAGCAAAGAGCCUAACAAUCUCUACAAUCUCAACUCCUACAAACACUCUGGGUUGGCAAACAAGAAAACAGUCACCAUUCAACGUGGGGGCAAAGACCAGUCUGUGCUGCUAGCAACAACCAAGACUAAGAAGCAGAAUAAGCCUUCGAGCUUGCUUCACAAGUCUGUUAUGAAGAAGGAGUUCCCCAGGAUGGCCAAGGCUGUCGCAAACCAGGUGACAGACAACUACUACAGGCCAGAUUUAACGAAAGCAGCUCUUGCAAGGUUGAGUGCUGUGCACAGAAGCCUGAAAGUUGCAAAGUCUGGUGUCAAGAAGAGGAACAGACAAGCAUUGAAGAUCCCUGGCAGGAAAUGAGUUAGUUAGAAGUUGUUUUGUGCUUGAUUUUCAUUGUUCUGGCCGCAUUUUCUUUUACUCUUUUUUAAAAUUGUAGUAUUUUCAUUGAUGGAUAUUGUGCUUGACAUUAUGUCUAGAUUUUGAACGGAAGAGAUCAUCAUGGUCCUAAAUAGUUUGUUUUCCGAAUUAUAAUAUGGUAAUUUUCUGAA